AUUUACAUUGUAAAUGUCUUUAAAAUGCAAAACGAUUUCAUAUGUCAAUUUUGCUUUAUGAUUUUUCUCUUCACAUCCAUGGAAACAUUUGUAAUUCUUUCAUAUUAUUUGUUACAGGAAAUUAUUGAUAUGUGUGAUUAUUCUGUUGGGCUGAGCCGACAAUUGAAGGGAUCAAUUAUCCCAUCAGAACGUCCAGAGCAUAUGAUGUUUGAGGUAUGGAACCCCCUGGGAACCGUAGGUGUAAUCACUGCUUUCAAUUUUCCAUGUGCUGUACUAGGUAUGCUUUUUGUUUUCCUAUCUCAAUACUCACAUUAAUAAACUUCUGGUCAUGUAUUCCAAACUUCAAGAAAACUACUUUGCAUAUUCUAAUGAUUAAAAUGUUAUGUACAUACCCUGAUCAUUUCUGUUUUGUCUUAGGAUGAAAUGCUUGCAUUGCACUAGAAACUAAAAUUGUUACAGCGUAAUAAGA